UCUUGAUACUUGAAAGCUACGGAUCCCUAUUUCUUCUGACAAAAAAAGUCACUCCUCACUCUGCCACCUGUUCCGACCAAAGCCUCUUCCUCAGCCGGAAAAUGGAGGCGGUGGGUUCCAGACUCAGCCGCGCCUCCUCUCGCUACGGCGCCCCCGCCGUGUUCAGCGGCCCCGUCAGGAAGUGGAAGAAGAAGUGGGUCCACGUCACGCCCUCUUCCCUUCCCAACAACUCUCACACUAACACCCCCAACUCUUCCUCUCGCCUCCUUCUCCGCCGCUGGACCCCCACCACUGCCGACGACGCCGCCGCCGCCAACGUCGCCGACGAGCCUCCCAGGAGGAAGUUCCGUUACACCCCUAUUGCUGUACUAGAAGAACAGAAAAAGAUGAUGGUUGUUAAGGCUGAAGAUGAGCCCACGACCGAGAGUGACCAAUCAGCAGCUAGACAGACGAAUGUGACUCAUGAGAUGCAAGGGAAACUGAACAUGAAUGAAAUGUUGGAGGAAGCCAAGGAUUCAAACAUGGGUAGUAACUUGGAUCUUGGUUUGGACUUCCAAAGCAACAAUGGUGAGAACAGCCAUAACAGUGAUGAACAAUCGGAUAAACAAAAUCUAGUGGGCGAUCCAUGAUACUCGAGUAGAAAAUCAAGCUGUGGCAGCAAAGUGUUAAUUCUAGAAAUACUGUGCUAGUACAUAUGCCCUGUUGUAUCACCUAGUACCUACCAUCCUACAUUCACAUAGAAUGUAGCUAGUAGUAAUCUUGUGUAAAUAAUUAGCUCUCAAGUAGUGCUGCCAGUAGUAUAGAAAUGAUAAAUAACUAGUUUUGGUCAGCUUAGGAUGAUAGCUGGUAUUUCGUGAUGGAUCAUAUGCACAAAUCAUGUGAGGAUACUAAGGAGAUGUACUAUAUAUAUAAAUAUAAAUUCUCGAUAUCAUCCCAAGA